AAUGACUCUUUGUUUCGUCUUCCUCAAGUUGAAAACUUGGCGUUGAUCAGAAGAAUUGAAAAAGGUUUGAAGAAAAUAGAGUGGUAAUUAGCAAAGGAAGAAAGAGCUUAAGGAGUGGCAUAUACAAUACUUCAGCAUUAGCAUCGAUAAUGGAGUUUGUUCCAGAAGAGGGCAAGGACCUUAACGAGGAUUGCUCCACUUUGAUUUUACCUGCUCUGUCGAUUGGCAAUGUGGGGCAGCUAGUUGCGGAUCUUUUGAUUUCAUCAAUGGGUUCAGAGAGAGUUGGGUAUUUGGACGAUCCUAACGUUUUGCCCUGUGUUGGCAAUGAUGCUUAUGGACCCUUUCCUCAAGGAGACCUUGCACUUCCCCUUGAAGCUUAUGAUUCUCCUUCUAAUGCUCUCACUAUCAUCCAACAGAGAUCGCCGGUGAUUAAGGGUAUGAUGGUUCAGUUUGCAAAAAACAUGGCUGAUUUUCUUGCUGGCAGUGGAAAGAAACAUAUUAUUGUUCUCUCCAGCUUAGAUUUUGGAAAGUGGCAAAAAGUUGAUAUGUCAAGUGGUUUGCAGAUAUAUUAUCUUUCUAGUGCCAACAGCAAUGGAACUGAUGAAAAUUGCGAACAGCUUGGAUGGAAGAAACUUCAGGAGUAUGAUCCUUCUCAAAAGCAUUGGAAAUAUCUUAAUGAUUUAGCUGAAGGAAAUGUUACACUGGAAGAUAUUAUUUCUGUAGAAGAUGAGCUAGAAGAAGAAAAUUAUUAUGCUAGCUUGCCUUUUGCUGCACUUUUUACUUUUCUCAAGGCUAAAGGUUUGAAGGUCACCUGCUUGUUGUGUUAUUGCUCAGAAGGGGACAAUGUAUCGGAUGCUUUUCAAUUAGCCGAUGCAACAUAUAAACUUCUCCAGAUGACUCACCCUACUACUGGAAUUGAAAGUGGCACAUGGCGAGUGCCACUUUCUUGGAUGAGUGUGUAUGGACCACCACCAGACGUGUCCAUCUUCUAAGGUUGGUUACUUAGUUUGAUACCUGUAAUUUGUUACUUAGUUACUUAGUUUUUUAAAGUCUAAAUAAUCCUAAACUAGUCCUAUGUAAGAAUAAUGUAACUUUAUUAUGAAUUUGUUAUGGUGGAAUUCUAACUUCUAUAGAA